UUUUCUCAAGAAACAAGGUGGUGUAGGAGUCCCUCGCCCGGGCGGGCGAGCAAGUGUCUACGACCGCUCGAUGAGCUCGUCGAGCUGCGCGGCGCGCCGCCGGGCCCUGAGCCCCUGGCGCUUCAGGCCGCGCACGUACUGGGCGAGCGCGCGGUCCUCGGCCGUGGCGCCCGACACGUCGUCGGCGUCGCCGUACGCCUCGGCGUCCUCGACGACGUCCGCGUAGGCCGCGGCCGACUCCUCGAGCCCCGCGGCGCGGCCCUCGAGCGCCGACUUGAUGUCGAUGAGCUGCUCGACGUCGCAGGCCUCGUCGCCCUCGGCGCAGUACGCCGUCGCCGACUGGAGGAUCUCGAGCGACGCCGCCUCCCAGUUCACGACCUGGGGCUCGCCGUGGACGGCCUCGCGGCGGACGCGGCGCUGCGUCUGCCGGAAGUGGCCCUGGAUGAAGGCUUGGCUGGUGGUUGAGAAAGUCGACAGCGUGGAGAAGGCCAGGGAUACCAGUUUCUGCAUGGUGAUACCCCGGACACGCUGUUGGCCCCGAUUCUGCUUGGCUCCUGCCUGAGUCGGCUGUUUUUGCUUGGCUCCUGCUGGACUCCUGCUCGACUCCUGCUCGACUCCUGCUCUCUGGAAGGUCUAGGCCGGGCGCGGAGGAUCUGGCUUCUUCGCAGCGUGUCAAGGGCGCGCGUCGGGCAGCUCUCCAAAAACCUGCCUGUUCGGGGUGGUCCCGAGGCGUCGGUACUGCCGUUGGCACUUUUGCUCUGCG